UUGGCUAUAAAAAGGCAUGCACUCCCCAAUAGCUAUUGCGCUUUAUCUGCUUCGCUCUUGCAUUGUUGUUGCGGCUUAGGGUUUCAGUCUUCCCUUCUCUCUCUCUGUGAUCUACGAAGUUUAAUUCCUGUGAUCUAUAAUGGGUAAGGAGAAGUUUCACAUCAACAUCGUUGUUAUUGGCCAUGUCGACUCAGGCAAGUCGACCACCACAGGACAUCUGAUCUACAAGCUUGGUGGUAUUGACAAGCGUGUUAUUGAAAGGUUUGAGAAGGAAGCUGCUGAAAUGAACAAGAGGUCAUUCAAGUAUGCGUGGGUGCUUGACAAGCUCAAGGCUGAGCGUGAACGUGGUAUCACAAUUGAUAUUGCCUUGUGGAAAUUUGAGACCACCAAGUACUACUGCACAGUCAUUGAUGCUCCUGGGCAUCGUGACUUUAUUAAGAACAUGAUUACUGGGACAUCCCAGGCUGACUGUGCUGUCCUCAUUAUUGAUUCCACCACUGGUGGUUUUGAAGCUGGUAUUUCCAAGGAUGGCCAGACUCGUGAGCAUGCUCUUCUUGCGUUCACUCUUGGUGUCAAGCAGAUGAUUUGCUGCUGUAACAAGAUGGAUGCCACCACUCCCAAGUACUCUAAGGCAAGAUAUGAUGAAAUUGUGAAGGAAGUCUCAUCUUACCUGAAGAAGGUCGGCUACAAUCCUGAAAAAAUACCUUUUGUCCCGAUAUCAGGUUUUGAAGGUGACAACAUGAUCGAAAGGUCAACAAACCUCGACUGGUACAAGGGCCCAACUCUUCUUGAGGCCCUUGACUUGAUUUCAGAGCCCAAGAGGCCAUCAGACAAGCCACUGCGUCUCCCACUUCAGGAUGUCUACAAGAUUGGCGGUAUUGGCACUGUCCCAGUGGGAAGGGUUGAGACUGGUGUUAUUAAGCCUGGUAUGGUUGUCACUUUUGGACCUACUGGGCUGACCACUGAAGUCAAGUCUGUGGAAAUGCACCAUGAAGCCCUCCAGGAAGCUCUGCCUGGUGACAAUGUCGGGUUCAAUGUGAAGAAUGUUGCAGUGAAGGAUCUCAAGCGUGGUUAUGUUGCAUCCAACUCAAAGGAUGAUCCAGCCAAGGAAGCUGCUAACUUCACAUCCCAGGUCAUUAUCAUGAACCACCCUGGCCAGAUUGGGAAUGGGUAUGCUCCGGUUCUUGACUGCCACACCUGUCACAUUGCUGUCAAGUUUGCCGAGCUCUUGACGAAGAUUGACCGCCGAUCUGGCAAGGAGCUUGAGAAGGAGCCCAAGUUCUUGAAGAAUGGUGAUGCUGGGAUGGUGAAGAUGAUUCCCACCAAACCCAUGGUGGUGGAAACUUUCUCGUCGUACCCCCCACUUGGACGAUUUGCUGUCAGGGACAUGCGUCAAACCGUUGCUGUUGGCGUUAUCAAAAGUGUGGAAAAGAAGGAUCCUUCUGGUGCUAAAGUCACCAAAUCUGCUGCCAAGAAGAAGUGACUUUUAAAGUUGGGAGUUUGCAGUGGAGAUGGUUUACACCAUUUUCAUUCUAAAGACCUGCAACAUUAUUCUAGUUUUAUGGUGAUAAGUUUUUUAGUUGGUUGCUUUGUUUGCUGCAGUUUUUUGUCUCCGUUGUCUGGUUGCCACACUCAGAAUUGGGUGUUAGACCGGCGGUGGCGACAAAAUUCUUAUCCCGUUUAGUACAAGUUUUGACUAUGUUUUUCUAUUGAUGGUUUUGUUAUUGGAUGAUUUCGGUUAAACCUUUAUAAUAUUUUUAUGUUGCUUUAA